UCUUGUUCCGUGAUUAGAGCUUCUGCUGCAAUGCGUGAUGGACGGCAAGAAGCACUAGUAAGAACAAGCUUUCUUUUAGUUGACUUGACAGGUGACAGGGCAGUGAAUUGAUUUUUUCGAAAAUGUCGUUAACAGACAAGCUUUCCAUGCUUAUGGCCCGGCCGGGCGGCGACAAUGCCCAGAAAGAUGACGUGCCUUGGUGGAUGCGCUACGCUGGUCGGGGACUUGGAACAGUUGGCGGUUUCAUUGCCAUAGUCCUGGGUCUCCUCAACUGCAUCAGCAUCGUGGUCCUGAACGUGGCCUGCCUCAUAGCCGGCAUCUGGCAGAUGCUGGCAGGGUUCAUAGUGAUAGUGUGUGAAGCUCCGUGCUGCUGCUUCUUCAUAGACUACGUGCAGACCCUCAGCGAUAAGGUGGAGAGCAGGCCUUAUUGGAACAAGGCUGCGCUGUAUAUUGGGCUGUCAGUCCCACCAUUCUUCAUGUGCUUCCUAAGCAUGAGCACGUGGUUCGGCAGCGGUCUGAUCUUCGCGACCGGUAUCAUAUACGGCAUGAUGGCGCUCGGCAAAAAAGGCUCCAUAGAAGACAUGAGGACGUCGGCUGCCAACUUGGAAGCAGGGUUAGGCCAGCCGACGAGCGCGCCUCGCGCCAACCUCGUGACGAACGAACAGCCCAUCAGCUUCACCGGCGUUCCCGCGCGCAACUGACCCCGUACUCCGUGAGUCUCCUUCAUUGUAUGCGCUCCUGGUACUCGAUAGAUCAUAAGGGAAUUAACAUGGACUCAUUAUACUGGUUUUUAUUAUGCUGGCGCCCUGGAAAAAAUAAUCCAGCGCCCUUUAUUAUCCUGGCGCCCCUAAAAUUACAUUUCAAUUAACUAUGAAUUCUUGUUUAAUUAUCCUGGCGCCCUACUGAUUAAUAAAUGGGAACCCUGCCAGUUGCCCAUUUAAUUAUCUGGCGCCUUUAAUCGCUUGUAUGCCGCUAAUUAUAGAACAAUAGAAAAUCAAUUGUGUCUCGCGCACCGGCAUACAACAGGUUACUAGUUUACUACUAAAGUUUGGCGCUGAAACGGUACUGCCUUGAUUUUUAAGAGGCCAGCGUUAUAAAAUUGCUUGUAUUUCUAAAAUGUUUAUAUAAUUUAAGAGUUCAGACCUGUUAUCACGAAUCAUUUUAAGAUAUAAGGUAGUGGUAUGCAAUAAAUAUGUGUACAACUUACCUUAUAAAAUGCAUAGUUAAAUGAUUUGUGGUAAUGGGUUAUGUGGAAUUACCCUAUUUGUGAAAUGUGAAUGUAAAAUGUUAUUCAUAGUUUAUUCUAGUUGAUCGGAUGAAUGUUUCAAAAUACCAGUUUUAUAUAAAUGAAUGCUGAUUUUUUAUGGCAAGUAUUUUUUGUAAGAAUUUCUGGUACUAUGGAGCGCAUAGUUAUUACUAAGACUUUAUUAACGUCUAUACUAAAGAUAAGUUCAGCCGAAACUUCGAGACGUUCAGCAAUAUUCACUGUAAACUCCUUAGUUUAGUGUUGCCAACAAAAAAAGUGUCCUCCAUACAAAACAAAUAGUAUUGCCAACGUUUUUGAUUGAGUCUGCUUGUAGAUAGUUAAUAUUCUUGUCUAUGAUAAUAUUCAGCAUGAUUGUAUUAUAAUAUUCAAUUAUUUGUUAAAUCUAUAGAGGUUUAUGAACUAAGCACAUUAUACUAGACAUAUUGUACCAUAUCGCUUGGCCCGUGAGAGGAGAUUAAACAAAAAUAGAUGUUAUGUCCUUGCAAUAGAGGCUGUUUUGCAAUAAGUGGUCUUUUUAAUAAGAACAUGUUCAUAAUAAAGGACCAAUGCACUUGAAAUCUAUUAAAAGUGAACCUCAAACAGAAGUAAUUUGGUAGGAGAAUUAUUUAUUUAUGUCUUAAGGGCUAAUCAGAUUUGUGGGGUGGCUUCAAAAUGAAGUAUGGUGUGAAGAUACCAUAAUGUUCCGGAUUGGAUGGUCUCGUCUCAAUAGCUAUGUCAAUUUUGAAGUCACGGUGUUAUAGUAAUAAAGUUAGGAACUUCUUACACUUUGAAAUAAGAUGUAUCCUUUGGUACUUCAUAUUUAUUCGUUCUUUAGGUAGCGAGUGUAAUCGUAACGUAGUCGAGGGCUGUUAAUAGUAUAAUUAUUUGUUUAAUGUUAAUUUAUUAGGCGAACGGUACACGAUUGCUCACGUUUUGGGUUUUUUCAACGUUUUAUUACUUUCUAUGUGGGUAUCGUAAAACCCCUUUUAGAAACUUCAGGGGAUAUUACUGACUCAAUUCUGCCCUCUAUGAAAUAGUAAAACGUCUAUAUUUCAUACAUAUCUUCAAAAUACCUGGCUGAAAAAGUUUUACUUUUAAAACUGUUAUUUUUCACUAGUAAAUUGUUAUCAUCUUGUGGUGACACAAAAAUCGUAAUUAAAUAAAAUUAUUUAUAUUAUUAUUGCUCAUAUUUUAUAUUAUUUUCGUCCAAAUUAUUAUAGGCAGUUAUAUUGAAUUGUGCGGCCAUAUGUCGUGUUUCAAGGAGUUUGAUCCAAAUUAAAUGAUACUUAGCGUAGUAGUUAGCGAAAUUUUCUUGACAUUGAUGUAAUGUGUUUAUUUCUAUAGAAAAUAUAUGUAGCUACGCCUUCCUUCGUGCUAGACUUACUGAGGCCUCGUUCACGCCGACUGGAGCCUCGUUUAGUACUUCACUUCGUCUCGUCGCUUCUAAGAAAAUGCAGUCAUUACUGGCUCAUGAACGCGGCGAGCUACUAAACCGAAUGCUAAAUGAGGCAUCAGUUGUAACGAAGCCUGAUAUUUCACCAUAUCGUAUUCCUUAUGAAGUUGUGAUUUGUUUCGGAAGCAUUUUUUUAAAGCUGUGUUUGUUAAAGACAUUAAGAGAGGGAUUCUUUUGCCUUGUAAUCAGGGUUUACUUGUAAGUUCUGAGACCGGAUUAUCAACAGACUAAACGAGGCAUUAGGAUCGUAUUGUAAGCAUUCCGGAAUCGUACUGAAUUUAUGGGUCUUUUCUUUUCAAUUCUUAUCUUGCAUGCAAACUAGUUGUCAUAACAUUGUUACAACAAUGUCAAUUUGUUGAGACGGUGUUAAUUUCAAGUGUAGUGGACUAGACUACAUGGAACUACCUUCCCUAGCCAGAAAAUAUGUACCUAUAACUACAAUUCUUUAUAAAUGUUUUUGGUCAGUAUUCAAUGGAUAUUAAUAGAUAUUAUAAGCAGUUGAGAAACCGAACUAUAUGACAUUUGUUGAAGUUUGGACAGCAUCUGUGUAUGGUAUGGUAGUCUCAACUAUUAAUGGACACAUUUUUGAAAAUAUAUAUCACAUAGCCAUUAGAGAAUUGUUCUGCAACACAAUAUAAAAAAAGAUUAUCACUGUUACUGUAAUUGCAAGAUAUUUUUGUAAAAUAAAGAUUAUAAAACGCCACAGUGACUGCGUAAGUAUUAUUGUGAAUAAGAAAGGCCCUAGUCUUAGGUAAUAUUUUGCUAGUUUUAACAUUUUUGCUCACACAGCCAAUAUUUUAGUGAAAAGAGUUUUUAUUUAAACUUGUAUAAUUAUGAAGUGUUGCCAGGAUUAUUGAAUUGAUUUUUAAACUUGCAACACUGAUUGGAAUGAUUGAUUACGUGCAAUGUGCUUCCUUAUUUACAUUGAAUAUUUUUUUUAUUAGACAUCAUGAUUUUUACAUGCAUCGAUUUAUUUAUCUAUCUAUAUUAAGCGAAUUAAUUGUUAAAAUAAGAAUUUACGUUGAGAUUGUAUAUAGUAUAUGGUAUGAUGAUUAAAUUGAUAAGUUGGUAUAUAUUCUUGCUUAGCCUAAACACUUGCAACUCUGUUCAAGUUCAGUUCGACAGUUAUUUGAGAUUUAAAUAGUUACGUGGCUUGUAUACUUAGGGUUAGUGCAGAGAUAAAAAUAGAACGUUUAGUGCACUGUGUAGGCAAGAAAAUAAUAGUUAAUAGAUACAAAGGCAGUUGUAGACCUGUGUCAAAUAUGUUGGAAUUUUAUAGUAAUGGGAUCUUUUCCAGCAAAUAUUGCAAUAUUAACCUUAAGGUUCUUUACCGAACAAAGUAUUUAUCCCUGCACUGAAUCCAAGUGGUAACUAGUAAAAUUGUUUGUAACACAUACAGUAAGAGUAUACAUAGUUGUAUAGUUUAAGCGGUUGCAGUUGUUUCUCGUCAAGUUACUGUUAUAAUUAGGAAAGCAUAUCUGUAAUAAAUGUGUGUAUAUUGA